AUGGCGCCAGGCAGCUCCGCCGAGCGGGCGUACCCGCACCCGAACGGCAAGCUCGUCGCCGCCAAGGUCCCCGGCACGCCGAGGAAGGACGCGGGCGGCAGCCGCGACAGGUCUGGUGCGCUGCAGGACCCGGGGCUGAAAGACUACCGAUUAGGAGACUGCAUCGGCAAAGGAGCCUUCGGCUCGGUAUACAAGGCUUUCAACUGGGGCACCGGCGAGGCUGUGGCGGUCAAGCAGAUCAAGCUCGGGGACCUGCCUAAGAGCGAGCUGCGCAUGAUCGAGGCCGAAAUCGAUCUGCUCAAGAAUCUACACCAUGACAACAUUGUCAAGUAUAUCGGUUUUGUCAAGUCCUCGGACUGUCUCAAUAUCAUUCUCGAGUAUUGCGAAAACGGAUCAUUGCAUUCAAUAUGCAAAGCGUACGGGAAGUUCCCGGAGAACCUUGUGGGUGUAUACAUGACACAAGUUCUUCAGGGACUGCAGUACCUUCACGACCAGGGUGUGAUUCACCGUGAUAUCAAGGGCGCCAACAUUCUAACCACCAAAGAUGGCACGGUCAAGCUUGCCGACUUUGGUGUGUCCACCAGCACUCUCGCUGGGCCGGACAAAGAGGCACAGGUAGUGGGCACACCAUACUGGAUGGCACCGGAGAUCAUCCAACUUUCGGGAGCUACAUCAGCAUCGGAUAUUUGGAGCGUGGGAUGUACUGUCAUCGAACUGCUUCAGGGCAAACCGCCGUACCACAACUUGGCUGCCAUGCCUGCUUUGUUUGCCAUCGUCAAUGAUGACCACCCGCCUCUGCCAGAAGGGGUUUCUCCGGCUGCCCGAGACUUUUUGAUGCAGUGCUUCCAGAAAGAUCCCAACCUCCGUGUUUCUGCCCGCAAGCUUGGCAAACACGCCUGGAUCGUUGGCUGUCGUAGAAGCGACGCACCCGUCUCCAAAGCACCCUCCAACUUCAGCCAGGCUGUAGAAGAAGUCAAGCAGUGGAACAAAGCACUCAAGUCCUCGGAGAACAACCUCCGGGCCUCCACCGGCUCCGACAGCGGUGGGCCGAUGCAAGGCUUACGAAAUGGGGGUGGUGACCGACCGAAUGUCGUUGCACCAGCCAAAGGGCCUCUGUCUCUCGCGAAACCGAGACCGACUGCUGAGGCGUUUAGGUCUCCCGAACUCGCAGACGACGACAACUGGGAUAACGAUUUCGCGACAGCUAUAUCACCUACGGCGCUACAGUUGCCACAUCUGAAGCCUCAGGACAACUUUGGUGGACUGCUCUCCGCAGACAGGCUGAAGGCGUUUGCAUCGAUCGACGACUCGCGUGACAUUUCCAGCAACUGGGAAAGCUACUUCGAUAAUGAUCAUGCGACGAUCAAGGCGGCACAUGUACCAGACGUAGGCUCUUUGGAGCGUACCAUACGGCCUCCCAGGAGGGUGGAAAAAAGCGCCGAAGUGAAAUCGCCCAAGUCAAGCCGAAGGCACGGGCGCAAGCCAUCCUCAACCGCGACCGGGCAGUCAAAGUCACCCUCCAAGCAUCUUGGAAACAAGUUUGAGCUCCCCGCUCGCCCUGAAAUUGCCUACAGGGAACAGUCGGUAGAAGACUACUCGGACCUGUUCGCCGACAACGACAACGUGUUCGACCGCCGAAUGAGCCUGGUCCAGAAGGACACGCCACAACUGUUCCAUCCCUCCGACCUGACAAGCCUCCCCCGCUCGAUGCAGGCCCCCACGGGAGGCAGUAUGCGUCGCCAGGCCCCACCCAGGCCAUCUGUAUUGCCCGAUCGACAGAUGCGAAGAACCAGAUCCUCUGUCGAGAUCGAGCGGUUCGCCGAAGACGCGGAGGACGAGGACUUCUCAGACAUCUUUGGUGUGGAGGAGGCCCUUACAGAGAAGGAAGAGAGCGAUAGAGGCUCCGAAGAUGGUGGUCUUAUGCUCCUUUCGAAACUGUCCAACAAUUCUUGGCUCGGCGAUGACGAAGACGAGGACGACCCCUUCGCCAUGAUGGAUCCUGGUUGGGACGAGAUGGACUUGGAGGCGAAUAUUGCGCGAGAUCGACACGCUCGGCUGGCCGAGAAGGUCGAAGAGCUCGUGCGUUCUCUCAAGACCACCGAAGGCGAAGACACCCUGUCUGAGCUGUCCGAAGACCUUCUCAAUAUCUUGUGGGAGAACAUUGAGGUCAAAGACUUGAUCAUUAGUGCCCAUGGUCUUUUGCCAAUUCUUGAAAUACUGGAGCCUUGCACGGUAAAGAGCCGGCAGCACAUGAUUCUCCAGCUACUGAAGAUCGUCAACGCGAUUAUUCUGGAUGAUGUGGAACUUCAAGAAAACCUUUGCUUCGUUGGCGGCAUCCCGAUCAUCACCAAAUUCGCGGCCCGGCAAUAUUCCAACGAGAUCCGUCUCGAGGCCGCAGCCUUCGUGCGGCAAAUGUACCAGACCUCUACCUUGACGCUGCAAAUGUUUGUCAGUGCAGGUGGUCUCAACGUUCUGGUUGAAUUCUUGGAUGAAGAUUACGACUCCUCGAGGGAUCUGGUCCUGAUUGGUGUCAACGGGAUAUGGAACGUCUUCGAACUUCAGGGUCCCACACCAAAGAAUGACUUCUGCCGGAUUUUCUCCCGCAGCAAAAUUCUUGACCCUCUGGCUUUGGUUUUGCACAAGGUGCUUGAUGAGGAGACUGAUGAACUCUCAGAGCUGAUCGAGGGUCGGAUCGUCAACAUAUUCUACCUGUUCUCACAGGCCGAGAAUUACGUCAAGGAGGUUGUUGCCGAACGGCAGGUCUUGAAGACUGUGCUGAAGGACUUGCGGCGUAUGUCCGCACCUCAUCAGAUCACUAUGCUGAAGUUCAUCAAGAACCUGUCCAUGCUAUCUACGACGCUGGAGACACUACACUCGGCUGAUGCGAUCGACUUCCUCAUCGACGUGCUCAGCUACAGCAUGAAAAAGGGCCAUCAGCACUUCCGGGAAAUCUCGAACCAGGUGCUGAAUACGAUGUUCAAUCUGUGCCGGCUCAGCAAAGAGCGACAAGAGUAUGCUGCUGUCAACGGUAUCAUCCCACUCUUGCUCAAGAUCAUGCAGACGGACCGGCCACCCAAGGAAUUUGCGCUGCCCAUCCUGUGUGACAUGGCGCAUUCUGGGAGCAAGGGUCGGAGAUACCUAUGGCAGAACAAGGGUCUUGACUUUUAUAUCUCACUACUCCCUGACCAGUACUGGCAGGUCACGGCCCUUGACGCCAUCCACGUCUGGCUACAAGAGGAGACGGCCAAGGUUGAGAACCACCUGAUGGGCGGCAAGUUCACGGCGGCAAUCGUGUCGUGCUUUAAUACAUCGAAGGCUAAUGCUUUCGACCCCAACCUGCUGGAACCUCUUCUCAAGGUUCUACGUCUCAGCCCUUCGAUAGCCGCGUCACUCGGCAAAGCCGAGAUGUACGCUGGCAUCGCACAGAAGCUCAGCCACAAGAAGGCAGUCGUGAGGCUGAACCUGCUACGUCUGGUCCGCAACGUCAUGGACGCCUGCGAAGCGGACGGCAGCGCCCCGUCGGCGACCAACGGCCGGCAGCUCCGCACGCUGUUCGAGUUCAUCCACGCACUAGCGGAGAAGGACUCUGCCGUACUGGUCCGCAACCUGGCGUCGGAGCUCGUCAAGUCUCACAUCGUCACCGGCAGCGACGCCAUCUCGCUCUCGGCCGCGUCUUCGUCGAACGCUAACACCUCUCGGCCGCGGUCCAACCCGCGCAGGAACACGUCCUACACCCCUCCGGCCCUGCACUCGUCCAUCUCGGCGCCGAUGACGCCAACAUCGCACGGCGGCCACCACCACCGCGCACUGCAGGCUGCCGCGCCGCUGAUUGAGGUCGCCUCGACGCCGAAGCGCUCGGCCGUCACACUGGCGCACGAGCGCGAUGCCAUCGUCUACCGGCCGCGCAGCAGGGACAGCUCGGGCGGCUCCUCGACGACAUCAUCGAUCCCGUGGCGCGUUAGUGGCGACGCCGCGACGGCGGCGUCCAACGGGUCCGUCGCGGGCAAGGGCAGUAGGCUGCCGCGGCAGUCGAGCAACUUUGGGCGGCCGAGCCUCGGGCCCGCGGCCAUGGUGGUCAGCAGCAGGUCCGAGAGCUCCAUGUCUAAUAAGGAGAAUAAUGUGGGCCGGUAUGCUUCUUCGGUGGCUGGUGGUGGUGCCGGUGGUGGUGCCGGCGGUCUUGUUGGUAGUGCUAGCAGCGGCGGCAACAUGAUGGUGCCGCCGAGCCCGAGGGAGCAGCGCGUCAUGGAGCGGGCGGAGAGGAUCGCUGCCGCGGCUUCGGCGACUCCCGGGAGCAAGAGGCGGAACCGGGCGCCGAGUUCGGACGUGAGGUGGCCGUAG